AUUUUUGGGGUGGUGGGGUGCUAUCGACCGCAAGCUCCCAUCUCGACGCAUGUGGGCUACCAGCUGAUGGUAUGAAAUAGCGGAAAACUCGAUUAUUAGCGGCGUGAUCGCGAUACAGAGUGGAAGGGUUUUCAUGUGAGUGGUUAAAGCAGCGGUGUGACUUUGUCCGUCUAACUGUACCUGAAAAAUCAUGGAUCCAAUCAGUGCCAGUUGCUUCAGUUUACAUGCUGAAGAAAACGCUCGAGCAAUAAUAGAGGAGAAAAAACAAGAUGAAAAAUUUCACGAAAUCAUCGUCAGUUGUCGAUCUCUCAGCCACUACGAUGGGCGAACAAUUAAAACAUUGCUACCUCAAAUUUUUGCAACAGUAUUGUCCGCUUCAUUUCACAUAGUGGUCGGAAUAUCUUUGGCUUUUUCCGGCAUACUUUUACCCCAACUUGACGACGAAAAAUUCCCGAUUACGCCACAACAAAGGCCAUGGAUUGCAAGUGUGAUAGUUUUGGCUGUGCCACUUGGCGCCGUCGCUGGUGGCUUUAUAAUGGACGCUAUAGGAAGACUGAAUACUGUUAAGUUGGCAGCAAUACCUGGGGUUUUCGGAUGGACGUUAAUCGCCAUGGCUACCAACUUCCACAUGCUGAUAAUCGGGCGGCUUUUAACAGGACUGGCGUCAGCUUUGGGGACCAGUCCUGCCAUCGUCUACCUGACGGAAAUUGCAAGGGCUGACAUGAGAGGCUCGUUGAUUUCCUUCGCCCCCGCAUAUGCCUCCUUAGGUAUGGUACUUACAUUUUUGAAAGGUUGGUUCUUCAGUUGGCGCGUCGUUGCAUGGACUUGUCUCGGCUACACUGUAAUUCCUUGUGUUCUACUAAUGUUCAUACCUGAAAGUCCCGCUUGGUUGGUAUCGAAAGGAAAAAUCGAACAAGCGAGUAAAUCACUGGCUUGGAUCAACAAGUACCAACCACAACCCGAAAAUAAACCACAAACUUUAGCCGAAAUGCAGUUGGCACAACUGCAAAAAGAACACCAAAAGAAACUAGACGAGGCAGCCCUGCAUGGCCGGGGGGCGGCCUACAAGGCCCGCGCGUUCCUCAAACCCACGGGCUACAAGCCGUUGCUGAUCCUGAUUGGUUUAUUCUUAUGUCAACAGUUUUCGGGGAUUUACAUCACCCUGUUCCACUCGGUCGAGUUUUUCCAGGCGGUUGGUAGUCCUGUGAACGCGUACUUGGCCUCUGUCCUCAUCAGCACCGUGCGUCUUUUUAUGUCAGUGCUUGACACUUACCUCCUGCGCACGUUCAGCCGGCGCCCCCUUAUCAUGUUGAGUGGCUUCACCAUGGCCACGUGCAUGUUUUUUUCGGGGCUUUUCACCAAGUGGAUCACCGAGGGGACCACUGACGCCACGUGGGUCCCCGUGGCCUUUCUUUUACUUUACGUCAUAGCGUCAAUGUUGGGGCUUUUACCCAUUCCGUGGACGAUGACAGCCGAACUGUUCCCGAUUGAGAUAAGGGGCGUGGCUCACAGUAUCGCAUACAGUAGUGCCAACAUACUCAUGUUUGGGGCCGUCCAAUGCUACGAAGUGCUAAUGACCUCGCUUAAGGGGGCUGCUGGAGUGCAGUUUUUCUUCGCUGUGAUUUGCAUUAUUGCAAUGGUUUAUACGUUUGUGUUCGUUCCCGAAACGCACCGGAAGAAGUUGACGGAAAUUGAGGAGUAUUUCAACCACAAUAUGAUCUAUUUAGGGCAGAAGCCCCAGAAAGGGGGGAAGAAGGACAAGAGUAGGGACAAGGAACAAACAGAGAAGUUGAUGAAAGUUUGAAUCUCGAGUAUUAUUAGUUGUAAGGCAAAGCUGAUAUUUUUGUAAGGAUUUACGAACUGUGCUUUAAGACAAUUAGUGUUGUUUGAUUUAUUUAGAGACAAACUUUGUGAUUUUGUAUAACAAAUAUUACAAUAAAAUUAUUUAACUUGA